ACACCAAAUGUGACUAACGAACUAUUUCUAAAUGUGGUUUGAAGCAUGCGACAGUCCAUUCGUUAUCUAAUCACGAAUUGCCUGAUUUAUGAACAUGUGGAUCUGUACCUUCACUUGGAAGGCAGAGAGACAAUGAAUGAGACAAAGAAGUGGAAAGGAGACUGAGUUUCACAUUGAACCUGAACUGACUUUGGAAUUGAUGAGGCUGCUAAUUAUUAGCACACUUGAUUACCUCCUAAUUUUUAUUCUGUGCAGUACUAUUCAGUUCAUGUUUCUAAUUUGCAGCAAGAUUAUAGGAGCUCGAUUCUAUCUCAGUCCUGAUGCAUCAGAAGUUAAAACUGAUAACAUUGAUUAUUCACCUCAAGAUACUGAUGGACAUGGGACACAUACUGCAUCAACAGCUGCAGGACGCAUUGUUAGAGGGGACAGCCUACUUGGGUUGGGCACAGGACUAGCGCGUGGUGGUGUCCCUUCAGCUCGAAUUGAUGUGUACAAGAUCUGUUGGUAUUUUGGGUUUUAUGAUGCGGAUAUUCUUGCUGGAUUUGAUUUCCAAUAG